UGGAGAUAUGAAGUAGUAUCAACUUCCUGUGAUAGAAAACUUUGUACUUUGUUAUCAAAAUUUUGAUAAAUAAACAAUUAUACGUGCAUUUUUUCACUCAUGUGACAUAGGUUGGUAAAUGUUCACUCUGUUUCAUAAUUUCAGACAACCAUGAGCCGGAAAAGUUUUAAAAUAGUUGGAAAUAACGUUUCGAAGCAUGGUUUAGACCCUUCGGUGGUCGUUCCUGGAACGGAGGCAGACGAGCAUCAGGACGUAAACAGUCUCGAAAUCAUGAGAGACUUUGCUAAAGGUCCACUCGAUGUAUACAGACAAAAUUCAUCAUUUAAUUGGAAGGAAAUGAAAAUGUUCCUUGAAGGAGAGGACAUUCUUAAAUUUAAGAAUACUGUGUGGACAACACUCCAGAAAGACCCACUAUACCACAAAAGCAAGGAAACUUUACCUUUGGAGAAACAAAGGGAGUUGAAUUUCAAACGAGCAAAGAAACUUUUUGAAUAUGACUUUUUGACAGAUGAUGAUAUUUUUCAAAACCCAUUAAAACACCAAAUUAUGACAGACUGUCUAGGGAUGUAUGAUUGGUCCCUUUGUGCCAAAUAUCAGCUCAACACAGAGAUGUUUGGAGGAACUGUGAUGUCUACAGGGUCCAAAAGGCACUUAGAGUUUGUUGAAAGAAACAAAAAGUUUGAGAAUUUUGGCUGCUUUGCUCUGACGGAACUGAGUCAUGGGAGUAACACAAAAGCUAUGAGGACAACUGCAAAAUAUGAUCCAAAAGCACAGGAGUUUGAAUUGAACACCCCUGAUUUUGAAGCAUGUAAGAUAUGGUCAGGAAAUAUGGGGAAAACUGCCACACAUUCUAUUGUGUAUGCCCAACUUUAUACAGCAGAUGGUAAAUGCCAUGGUCUUCAUUCUUUUGUGGUGCCGAUUCGAGAUGAAAACCUCCGAACUCUGCCAGGUGUGAUGGUGGGAGAUAUGGGAGAAAAAUUAGGGCAGAAUGGUCUUGACAAUGGUUUCCUAUCAUUCAACAAAUACAGAAUUCCUAGAGAAAACUUGUUGAACAAGACGGGUGAUGUUACACCAGAGGGACAGUAUGUUACACCUUUCAAGGAUCCCAAUAAGAGAUUUGGUGCUUCUCUGGGAGCUCUGUCUGGUGGUAGAGUUGGCAUAACAGGAAUGGGUGCAUGUAACCUGAAAUUGGCCGUCCCCAUAGCAAUACGAUAUUCUGCUGUGAGAAGACAAUUUGGACCCGAGGGCGGAGAAGAAAUACCAGUGUUAGAAUAUCAGUUACAGCAAUGGCGACUUCUGCCCUAUUUGGCAGCAACAUAUGUGAUGGAACAUUUUCAUGUGUCAAUAUUCAUGGAUUUUGUGAACAUACGCAUCGGCCUGAUGAUGGGUGAUAAAAGUGAACACCAGGCUUUAAUGGGACGUGAGAUUCACGCAAUGUCAUGCGCAAGUAAACCUCUGGCCAGCUGGCUGGCCCAGGGUGCCAUACAAGAAUGCAGGGAGUGCUGUGGUGGCCAUGGUUAUUUCAAAGUGAAUAGAUUUGGUGAACUACGUGAUGAUAAUGACCCUAAUUGUACGUAUGAGGGAGAUAACAAUGUUAUUCUACAACAAACCAGCAACUAUCUGCUAUCUUUGUUGGAAGGAAAGAGAAAACAAGGCACAAAAAUAGAGGCCCCAUUAAAAAGUGUUGAUUUUAUUGACAACUAUGAAAGCAUACUGAAAACCAAGUUCUCCGCUAGAAAUGUUCAAGAUUGUAUGCAACCACCAGUUAUACUGGAUGCAUACAAAUGGUUGGUGUGUCGUCUGCUAGUUGACAGCGCGCAGCGUCUGCAAAAGCAGGUGGCAGCCGGGCAGGACAGUUUUGCCGCCAGAAAUAACAGCCAAGUUUACUACUGCAGAACACUUUCUCUAGCCUAUAUAGAGCACACUGCCAUUGAAAGGUUCUGGAAGUUGAUACAAGAAGGGAAAGAUGGUGAAUUGGCCUCUCAGCCAAUCAGAACUGUUCUUACAAAACUUUGCUCACUCUUCGGUCUGUGGAGGCUAGAAAAACAUCUUACAGCAUUGUAUCAAGGAGGUUAUAUAAGUGGUCCAUCAGUACCUUCUAUGAUACAAGAAGCUAUACUCACACUAUGUGGUGAACUUAAGGGUGAUGCUGUGGCACUCGUGGAUGCUGUAGCACCUCCAGAUUUCAUCCUCAACUCCCCGAUCGGCUUGUCAGAUGGACAGAUCUACAAGAACCUAUAUGGAGCCAUGCUCCAAGGUGACAAAGCCUUAGAAAGAGCCGACUGGUGGCAAGAUUUUGUUAACAAACCGGACGUAGGAAGUCUAAGAAAAUCCAAGCUAUAAAACUUUUUCAGGAAUAAAAAAUUCAUACAUUUGAAUAAAUUAAUUUUGAGACAUUCCAUGUGCUUUCAGAAAUAGAUGAUGACUUUUUGAUACAUUGUUUUCUUUUGUUUUUCACUGUGUGAAAGGUUUAAUGUAAAAAUAUUGCAAGUGUCUGAUAAUAUACGUGUAUUCUAAGAAUUUAUCUAUCUAGUAACAUUACUGUACACAAUUUGUGAAUUUUUAUCAGAAAUUCUGUAUGUACAAGGUAAUGUGGUAUAAUUAUUUGUUUUUGAAUUUCUGUGUGUCAGGGAGGUGUGCUCAAAUCUGGUUAUUUGUAUGCAUAUGGUUCUUAACACUAUCAAAUAGAAAUGAACUUGAUUUAUCAUUUAUGUUAAUUGUUUAUAUCUAAUGAAUCAUGCUGAAAAAGAAAUACAAUGACAUAUUUUAGGAUUUAUUUUUCAGAAUUUUAGACUUUAUAUUGAAACAAUAUUCAAAUAAUGUUAUUACGAGUAUUGAUUAAUGAGUAAUAUUUAUUCAUAAUGAUGUAGUCUGAAACAUCAGAUGCUGUUGUUUAAAUUCUCUCUACUGGUGAUUCAGAUGUGGAAUUUUUGUGUAAAAAAAAUAGUGUAUGAAAGGUCAGUUGGAUAAAAUCAAUCAUUAAUAUAAGUAAAUUUUUCUAAUGCAUAGUUAUAAUUAGUCAUUUAGACUUUUUACAGGUUAUAUGGCCAUGUGUAAACAGUUUUAAGCUAUAUAACCAAAGUUGUGAGGCUAGGGUUAUAUUGCAAAGAAACAUUAAAAAAACAAAACAGCCUUAUAAUCUGUCAGAAAAAGGAAAUAUUACAAUUUUAAAAUACAGUAUAAUUUAUUUUGGAGGAAAAAAUUGAAAAUUAAUACAUAAAUUUCAGUAGCCAUGUAUAAUUUAGUUUAUACAAAUGUUAGGAUUAUCCAAUGAAGAGCAAUGUAACAAACAGGCAGUAUUAUAUCUGUAAAGUUGAAAUAUACAAGUUACAUGUAAUUAUCUUCAUAUUUACAAUCUACAGAAAUGCUAUAAUAGACGUAUCUGGAACAUGGCAAAUUUGAGUUUUUCCUCUCUUAUACAAGGGUAAAAACUUUAAGCUUCAUUCACACAAGAGUGAUCAAGAUGUUGCUGUUAUUUUUCAUAUAUAUACAAAGUUGUUACAGUAAAAGCUACGGGUGUCUGUGUUCGAGUGGUUAAGGUCCCUGAUUUCAAACCACUUGCCACUGAUUGCUGCAGGUUCAAAUCUAGACAGAUUUGAAUUUAUCAGAUGUUGUUCUUUUUUUUUACAUUUUACUAAUUUUAAAUUAUUUGCUGUGUGUGUACUGUGAUAAAAAUCAAUAAUAAAAUGAUUAUAAAAUA